AUUAGAUGUUAAUUCUGUAUCAAGUGGUAAUGUUUAUGAUAUAGGUUUACUUUCAUUUAAUGGUUUGGAUAUUUAUUUAUUUCAUUCAUGUCGUACAAAUAAUUGUACAACAAUCAUUAUGAAAUUGAUUAAAAAUUGA